AUGACGAACGAGCCGCAGAACAAUCAACUCGACAUCGAAGAGUCCACUGCUUUAAAAAAUCGCGAGAAGGCUGACGACAUCACAAAGAGGGCCCGGAACCUUACCGAACGUCGCAUGGCCAAAUACAUUACGAUCUUGAACAGAUACGAUAAGAAAGAAGAGCGCCCCCGGCUCAGGUACCCGGGACGCAGCCGUCUUCUGGAGGAGUCUAUUUGUUUGAAAGUGUGGGGAAGAGACACAGGACUAUAUCAAUACAAUGGAAACAAGAAUUGCACGCCAAAGCACGACUUCCGCAACCUUCCUUCCGUUGCAAAAUCAUCGAUUACCGAUUCCCUCAAAGAAAUGGGCGACAUACUAGGCUACAUGCACGGCGACGUCAGCAAGAAGAAGAUGUCCUGGGCCGAGGAACAUCAUAAACUCAUGAGUCCUGACUCAGACGACAGAGAUAGACUGGAUCGACAUGUCGAUGAUUUGAGAAACAUCAUCGUUUAUCUAGAACUAUCCGUAGACCCAGACGACGAAUCAAAUACCUGGAGAGGCGAGGCGAGUCCCAGUUUCAAGACGCUUUUCCGACGCUGUGCAACUGAAUACACGACAACUUUUAAGCGUAUCGACAAAGGCAGCUCGAGCCUGAGUGACAAGCUACCAUCUGGACAUAUCGAAGGCCCGCGCAACGAAUUCAUCAGAUGGGGCCGUGAAGCCGGAGUUCUUCGCGGGGGUAGAAAAUCGUUGGAGGCCAAAAUCGUCGAAUCAGACAAAAGCGAGAGCCGAGAUCAAAUCGUCAAAAUUGUCUUGUGCAUCGAGUCGGCCUUGGGGGCGAUAUCUGAGUUACUACCGGAGAAGCACGUCUCGGGAGGCGAUCUUACGACAGCAGACGCAGACAACAAUUCGAAUUUGACCCUUAGCCUUACAGAACGUGCGAAAGGGCUGAUAGAGCAAAUGGCGAUGCUCCGCCAAUACAACGAGUCUUUGACUAGAGAGACAGAAAAUCUCGUAAGGAGAUAA